AUGAGAAGAAUAAUGAAGAAUAUGUUAAUUAUUAUUUUCCUAGCUGCUGAAGGCAUGGUUGUUGGGUCGAGAUUAUUAUUCAAUGUGGUGGGGUAUAGAGAUCCAGCAGUGCCUGCAGUUUACAUAUUUGGGGACUCAACUUUUGAUGUUGGUACCAACAAUUUCUUGAAUGAUACAAAGUCAAAGGCUGAUAUGCCAUUUUAUGGGAUUGAUUAUUCUCCUUCUCAAUCCAAGCCUACUGGAAGGUUUAGCAAUGGUUAUAACACUGCUGAUUGCAUUGUGCAAUUACUAGGAUUCAAGGAGAGUCCACCGCCAUUUCUGUAUCUUGUAGAAAAUGAUACAGAAGAUUUCAACACCCAAAUCCUUAAGGGAGUCAAUUUUGCUGGAGGAGGAGCAGGGAUUCUCCACCACACUGGAAAAAAACGCUUUGGGAGGGUUAUAUCCAUGGAAGAACAAAUUGAACAAUUCUCAAGAGUUGGCGACAAUAUGACACGGUAUCUAAAUGAAAGUGCCGCAAAAGGUAUAAUCAACAAAUCUCUAAUCCUUAUAAGUGUGGGAAGCAAUGACAUAAAUGAAUUCUUGAUGUUCAAUGUAAGCAACUCCAGCAGCCUCAUCCAACAACUGCAACAAUUCUUGCCGGACUUGAUCGCUAGCUACCAAGCUCAUCUCACGAAUUUAAUAAACCUGGGAGGCAGAAAAUUUGGCAUACUAGGUCUUGCUCCUCUUGGUUCUGUCCCAGAUGUGCGUGGAAGUUAUGGUGGUAACUCUUCGAAUGAAAUCAAUGCUGUUGCUCAACUCUUCAACUAUGGAUUGUAUUAUAUGCUGCUAGAUUUGAACUCAUCAAAGUUUCCUGAAUUUAAUUUCUCCUUUGGAAACACAUAUUCAAUUACCACUGAAAUGAUCAACAAUCCUGCAUCACUUGCAACUGCUUGCUGCGGAAAUCAAACUCUCACCGGUGGAAUCCCAUGUAGCCCAAAUGCGACAGUAUGCGAAUUCCGCCACAAAUUCUUGUUUUGGGAUAGGCACCAUCCAACUGAAUAUGGCUCUCAGCUUGCUGCCAAUGAUCUUUUCAAUGGCGGAUCUGAAUUUGUGUCACCCUUCAAUUUAAGUACAUUGGUUCAAACUUCAUGA